CACUCACAGGAUGUUAGUGGAUCUGCAGCGGCAGACCUGGCCAGACAGACAGACACACCAGGGGACAGAAUGGCAGGAGAAGACGAUGAGCGGACACACACUUACUGGACUUAAUCAACAUGAUCUUGAGGCUUUAGUGUAAUUCUGACCUUAGGCCUUUUUUUCCCGUUUUUGAUGACCCCAGAUUAGGCUUAGCUGUGAAGCAGUUUCUAAAAAGAUAGUGUGCACUCUUCUUCAGAGGAUUCAGCUUCAGGUUGGAAUCCCCUGAAGCCCUAAGCUGGUUUGGGAUCUUUAGGCAUGGGCUGUACCACCAGUCUGCUACUAGCGCUGCGCUCCAUAAUGAGAAGAAACCGUUCACGCAUCAUUUCUCACCAGCAGGAGCAACAACUUGUGUUGGAAAUCACAGCACCGGAGGAGGGGAUGGUCACCAGUGAACCCCAAGCCAUUGUCACCAUGCAGGAGAAGCCCAAACUGAUCGACCCUCUGGACUAUGAGGCUGUGAUUUCAGAGCUUGAACCCGAGUUCAGAGAAGAUCCUCUUCAAGAUCUCCUGCUAUUCCCAGACCUCGACUUCACUGUGUCCACUCUUCCUGUGGAGAGGAGGACGGUGAAGUCCACUGUGCCAGAGGGAGCCGACACACACGCUGAAUGUCUGCUGGUCAGACAGGCCUGUCAAUAUUACAACUCCCAUCUGCAUGUGAUCCAGUAUAAAUAUGAAGAGUAUGCAGGAGACUACCGCACACUGCCCAGGAAGCUGUACAAAUCAGAGAAGUUGCCCUCGCACUCCUUUGAGAUCGACCAUGAAGAUGUGGACAAAGAUGAGGACACAACUUCUCUGUCAUCAUCUAAAGGAGGAGGAGGUGGAGCAGGAAGUGGAGGCACAGGGGGAAUCGGUGUUUUUAAGUCCGGUUGGCUCUAUAAAGGGAACUUUAACAGCACUGUCAACAACAGCAUCACUGUCCGGUCUUUCAAGCGAAGAUAUUUUCAGUUGACUCAGCUGACUGACAACUCUUAUAUCAUGAACUUCUAUAAAGAUGAGAAAAUAUCAAAGGAACCUAAAGGCUGUAUUUUUCUGGACUCGUGCACCGGGGUGGUUCAGAAUAGCCGCCUGAGGAAACACGCCUUUGAGUUGAAAAUGAACGAAGUGACGUAUUUUGUCCUGGCUGCUGAGAACGAGCAAGACAUGGACGAUUGGAUCAACACUCUCACACGCAUCCUGCAGAUCAGUCCUCCGGACGGCCCAGUUCUGGAUCGCAAGAGCGCGGACCUGAGCGACAGCAAACAAGAGAUCAUUGAUGCGUCAUUGAAUCAUGUCCCUGUUCAAAAAAAUGAGGAAACAACUGAAAACGGAAUCCACCCUGAACUGGCCAAGUAUAUUUCUGAGACAGAGGAGGGAGCGAGAGCUGUCAGAGGAGAAGAAAGACUCAACCUGUUCUCUCUGGAUCCUGAUAUUCCUGUUUUGAGGAGUCCCAGGAUGGAGUUUGGGGAUUCUGCUUCUGUCCAGCCGUUUGAUGAGAAGCUCGGGAAGAGACUGAUGAUCUCCUGCCGCUCGCUCAACCUCACACUGCAGGGCUGCAUCAACGAGACCGACACUGAGCCAGUCACUAAUAUCGAGCCUUUCUUCGUGUCGGUUUCUCUGCUGGACAUACGUGAGGGCAGGAAGGUUUCAGCGGACUUCCAUGUGGACUUGAACCAUGAGGUUGUGCGGCAAAUGCUUAGUAGCUCUGGUAAUGCGGGAGAUCAAGCUUUGGAUGGUGGUAACGCUGCUCCACAGGAAAAUGGCCUCACUUCACCUGUAGAGAAGAAAACAGAGGACUGCCAGUUAAGCACGGAGUUGGAGAACUGGCUGCGCUUUCCAAAACAGGCGAUCUUUUCAGUUACGAAUCCGCACACAGACAUUGUGAUGGUGGCACGGUUGGAGAAAGUGCUGAUGGGAAAUAUUUCCAGUGGUGCAGAACCCUACAUUAAAAACACAGAUUCCAGCAAGACUGUCCAGAAGAUGUUGAAAUCCAAUAAGCAAUUCUGUAGCAAACUUGGAAAGUACCGAAUGCCUUUCGCCUGGUCUGUAAGGUCAGUAUUUAAGGACAACCAGGGCACAGUGGACAGGGAAAGUCGCUUCUCUCCGCUCUUCAAACAAGAGAGCAACAAGAUUUCCACAGAAGACCUCAUCAAGCUCAUCGCAGAGUACAGGAGGGCAGAGAAGGCCAGUAAACUCCAGAUCAUCCCUGGAAAUCUUGAAAUAAACGUGGACUGCGUUCCCAUGGAAUGUCCCAACUGUGUGACGUCCUCGUAUGUCACUCUGCGGCCGUUCGAGGACUGCGCUCUACGUGCUCCUACGGUGGAGGUGGACGAGUUCCUGCAGGACUCCUCUAAGUUUGCCCAGCCUUACAGAGUCUACAGGAACCACAUCUAUAUCUACCCCAGACACCUCAAGUAUGACAGCCAGAAGAGUUUCGCAAAGGCUCGAAACAUCGCCGUUUACGUGGAGUUCAGAAGCUCUGAUGAAGAACACGCCAAGCCACUUAAGUGCAUCUAUGGAAAGCCAGGAGGUCCUGUUUUUACCACGACUGCCUGUUCCACAGUUCUGCACCACUCACAGAACCCAGACUUUUAUGAUGAGGUGAAGAUUGAGCUGCCAACACAUCUUCAUGAGAAACACCAUUUACUCUUCUCCUUCUAUCAUGUGACCUGUGACAUCAAUGCCAAGACCAGCUCUAAGAAGAAAGAGGCUCUUGAAACUCCAGUGGGCUAUGCAUGGCUGCCUCUUCUGAAGGAUGGACGUGUUUCCUCUCAGGAUUUCAGUAUUCCAGUCUCAUGCACUUUGCCUGGUGGAUAUCUACACAUUAAAGAGUCUUCAUCUACCAAAAAUGGCUCCGACGUGAAGUGGGUCGAUGGGGGGAAGCCGAUCUUCAAAGUGUCCACUUCAGUGCUUUCUACAGUUUAUACUCAGGACCCCCAUCUAAACCGCUUCUUCCAGCAGUGCCAAAAACGAGAGGCAGACCUCUCUCAACCUCCUACCUCAAACUUCCUCAACUGCCUUAAAGGCCUCCUGAGUAUGGAGAGGAUUCAUGUCAUAAUUCGCUUCCUUCCUAUUAUCUUCAACCAGCUCUUCAAAGUGCUUACUCAAAAUGACACUGAUGAAGUGACUUCCAGCACCACCAGAGUCCUGGUCCACAUCUUAGCUAAGUGCCAUGAGGAGAACCUGGGCCACUAUUUGCACUCUUACAUAAAGUUUGUCUUCAAGACUGAAGCUUGUGGCUUCAGAACAGUUCAUGAAGAGGUGGCCAAGGGAAUGACCUCUGACCUGAAGAGCAACGACCAGUCAGUCAUACGCAAUAUCCUUAAGUUUUCGUGGUUCUUUCUAGAGAUCAUAGUGAAGUCGAUGGCACAGCAUCUGCUGGAUGAAAACAAGCUUAAGCUUCCUCAACCGCAGCGAUUUCCUGGAACUUUCCAAAAUCGAUUGGAGACUCUGAUCAUGACGAUGUCCGAUCAUAUCUACUGGAAGAAUAAAGAGUUGGCAGAGGAGACACGCAGCGCUAAUAUGGCCAUAGCAGUCUUUGUGAAGCGGUGCUUUACAUUCAUGGACAGAGGUUUCACCUUCAAACUGAUCAGCAACUACAUAAACAUGAUCACAGCCAGUGACAAUAAGACGCUGUGUGAGCUGAAGUUUGAGUUCAUAAGGGAAGUGUGUAACUAUGAGCACUAUGUCCCUCUGAGUCUUCCCAUCACGUCUGCACGAAUCACAGACAAAGCAGCACCGGAAACCCAAAGUGCUCAGGUGGACUUUCCAGAGUAUAUUUUGACGGAAGAGUUCUGCAGGAAACAUUUUCUCACAGGACUGUUGUUGAGAGAGCUGGGGCUCGCUUUGCAAGACGAGCAAGACCUGAGACACCUCGCCCUGGCCUGCCUGAAGAACCUCAUGGCUAAACAUUCACUGGACUCCCGUUAUGGCGUAAAGGAGAAACAGGCACGGAUAGCCUCUCUGUACUUGCCUCUUUAUGGUUUGAUCCUUGACAACAUGCCUCGCUUUUUCCUCAGAGAUCUGUUUCCAAUCUGCCUUACGGCUAGUGACCAGGGUUCCAGAGAUGAUCUCAGUGUGGGAGUAGGUUUAGCAGGUCAGGUGACCCAUGUUGUACGCCAUGGGAACUCAAUGGAUGCAUCUUUCUCCAAGGAAGUGCUCAACUCCAUUACAGCCUUUUCUUCGUUGGCCGUAUCAACAGCUAACAAUGCAGACUCCAGAGGUUCUCUCAUCAGCAUCGAGUCAAACCCCAGCAACAGCGACCGCAACAGUGAGAAGAUGGAUGCAUGUGAAAAGUUUACCAGGCCGCAGUCUCUCAUUGGGUUUGGUUCACGCUUUGACAAACUCGAUCAAGCGGAGACCAGAAGUCUGCUCAUAUGUUUCCUGCACAUCAUGAAGACCAUUUCAGAGGAGGUGCUGGUUUCAUACUGGCAUCGAGCAAUUCACCAGGAGAUCAGUGAUUUCUUUAAUAUCCUGGAACUUUGUCUCCAACACUUCCGGUUCCUUGGAAAGCGCCACAUUGCCAGGAAGCUAGCGGCCGCCGUUAAGCUGGCUCAGGCCACACAGAACAAUGGCACCCUGAAGGGGUCUAACGUGUCCUGCCAGUCUUCAGGGCUCCUACCCCAAUGGAUGCAGUCUUCUCAGGAUGGGCACAGACACGCCCGCUCACAGACCAUGCCCAUCAUCAGGGGGAAGAACGCCCUCACCAACCCCAAACUGCUGCACAUGAUGGAGACGGAUGGGAAUGUUUCUGAAGGAGAAAACGUCAGCCCCACAGAUAUUGAAGCCAAUCUCUCUACUGAAGUAGCACUGACCGUGUUGGAUGUUUUGGAUCUGUUUAUUCAUCAUCACAAGAAACGGCUGCAGCACGACGAUGGGCAAAACUCUUUGAUGAAGAAAGUGUUUGACACGUACCUGCUGUUCUUCCAGAUCAACCAGUCCACCAGCACGCUCAGACACGUCUUCACCGCCCUGCGCCUCUUCAUUCAGAAGUUCCCGUCCACGUUUUUCCAGGGUAAAGCGGAUCUGUGCGGCACUCUGUGCUAUGAGAUCCUGAAGUGCUGUAACCAUCGCUCCAGCUCCACACAGACCGAAGCCUCCGCACUGCUCUACUUCCUCAUGAGGAGGAAUUUUGAGUUUACGAAGGGCAAAUGCAUCGUCCGCUCACACCUGCAGGUCAUUAAAUCUGUAAGUCAGCUGAUCGCUGAUGCAGGUAUCGGUGGUUCACGCUUCCAGCAGUCUCUGGCCAUCAUCAACAACUUCGCAAAUGGAGACACACCGCUCAAAAACACAACAUUCCCGGCUGAUGUGAAGGACCUGACCAAGAGGAUACGCACUGUCCUGAUGGCCACGUCCCAAAUGAAGGAGCAUGAAAAGGACCCGGAGAUGCUGGUGGACCUGCAGUACAGCCUCGCCAACUCCUACGCCAGCACGCCUGAGCUCAGACGCACCUGGCUGGAAAGCAUGGCCAAGAUCCACGUUAGAAACGGAGACCUGUCUGAGGCGGCCAUGUGCUAUAUCCACAUCUCAGCACUUAUAGCAGAGUCUCUGAGGAGGAGAGGUUACUGGAAGUCUGAGAAGGGUCGGAUGUCAAGUGUGAGCAAAGAGGGAGCCUGUGUAAUUAACUCUAGCCCCUUACUAACUUCCCAAGAUGGAGAAACAUCAUUCAGUAUGGGCUGGGCCGCCUUCAUGAACAUCUCUCCCAACGUUAAAGAAGAGGGAGCGAUGAAGGAGGACGCCGGCACUCAGGACACUCCUUACACUGAGGACACACUGGUGGAGCAGCUGGAGAUGUGUGUGGAUUACCUCUGGAAGUCUGAGAGAUACGAGCUCAUCGCAGAGAUCAACAAGCCUGUUAUAGCCGUCUUCGAAAAGAGACGAGAUUUCAAGCGGUUAUCGGAGCUGUACUACGACAUUCACCGCUCGUACCUGAAGGUGACAGAGGUGGUGAACUCUGAGAAACGCCUGUUUGGUCGCUACUAUCGAGUGGCCUUCUAUGGACAGGGCUUCUUUGAGGAAGAGGAGAGUAAGGAGUUUAUCUAUAAGGAGCCGAAGCUCACAGGACUGUCAGAGAUUUCUCAAAGACUCCUCAAACUCUACUCAGAUAAGUUUGGAGCUGAUAAUGUCAAGAUGAUCCAAGACUCCAACAAGGUGAAUCCUAAAGACCUGGACCCCAGAUUUGCCUACAUCCAGGUGACCUACGUAGUGCCUUAUUUUAGUGAGAAGGAGCAGCUGGAGAAGAAGACCGACUUUGAGCGCCAUCACAACAUCAAUCGCUUUGUCUUUGAGACGCCCUUCACGCUUUCUGGGAAAAAACACGGAGACGUGGAGGAACAGUGCAAAAGAAAAACCAUCCUGACCACGAGCUCUAGUUUUCCCUUCUUGAAGAAGCGUAUCGAGGUGGUGGAGCAGCAGAGCACAGAGAUGAACCCCAUCGAGGUGGCGAUCGACGAGAUGAGUCGGAAAGUGUCUGAACUCAAUCAGCUGUGCAGCAUGCAGGAGGUGGACAUGAUCCGGCUGCAGCUCAAACUACAGGGCAGCGUCAGCGUUAAGGUAAAUGCUGGGCCAAUGGCCUAUGCCAGAGCCUUUCUAGAGGAGAAGAAUGCCAAGAAAUACCCAGACAACCAGGUCAAACUCCUGAAAGAGAUCUUUAGGCAGUUUGCAGACGCGUGUGGUCAGGCCUUGAAGGUGAAUGAGCGUCUCAUAAAGGAAGAUCAGCUGGAGUAUCAGGAGGAGAUGAAAGCUCACUAUAAAGACAUGCUGACCGAGCUCUCCGCCAUCAUGAACGAACAGAUCCCGUACACGAGACAACCCGGAACAGAACGACACAGUGCCAUUUGAGCUGCUAGUGAGUCUGGGAAAGUGCUCACGGACAUUUCUAUCUGACAUGGCUUGUGGGUUUUUCUGACCAGAAGGAGUAAAAACUUUGAUUUUAACAAAAUAGAAAUAGACAAAAAAGGAAAAGAAUUGUAGUCUUGUGGAUGAAGCAGAAUGCCGUGUCUUUGCCUAUGUAACACACACACACACACACACACACACACACACCAAUAGCAUCUGAAGAACUACAGGUACAUCACAUCAAAUAUGCCUUUUUUUCUAGACCCUGUUCUUUUUUAGAAAGCAGUGACCUUAAUUAACUCGAGUUGUGUUUGACUAAGCAAAUAUUUUCUAGGGCUUUCACCUCAAUGCUUUCUGUUGUGUUUUUGACUGAUAUCCGAAUGCUGUCAGGCGUACGGUCGUCAUGUUUCACGUAUCCCACAUAACGGUGUUGAACACAUCUCUAGUCUCCGAGUGAAUGUAAAGCUCCUAACAGUCUGCCGGUUCCAGCUCAUUCCUUUGACAAACGCAGAUGUGCUAUUUUAUACGUUUUUUUAUGAUUGACAAUGUUUUACUGUUAUUACAUGUACUGUAAAUUGUAAAUAAGAAUAAUUAAAAUUUAAAAUGUUUCUUUUUAUAUAUUAAAAGAUGAUAUAUGUG